GAUAACCUCACAUUUUGUGCUCCGUAUCUGCCGUAUCAAAACAUUUGGCUUCUUAUAAAUCCGGUGUUUUACCCAUUUCGUCAUUUUAUCUCGUGAUCUUUGAAAAUGAAUGCCCCUCCAACCUUCGAAUCAUUUCUUCUCUUUGAAGGAGAAAAGAAGGUUAUUAAAGAAGUAGAGUCCAAGGUACAGAAUGCGGCAAUAUUCACCAUCAAUAAAGAAGAUCACACUCUUGGCAACAUGAUCAGAGAUCAACUUCUCAAAGACCCUCAAGUCCUGUUUGCUGGUUACAAAGUUCCUCAUCCCCUGGAGCACAAAUUCGUCCUUCGAAUCCAGACCAGCUCAGCUGACUACAGGCCUGAAGAAGCUCUUGUGAAUGCUAUCACGGAUUUGAUCGCAGAACUUUCUCUUUUUGAAGAAAGAUUCAAGGAUGCAGUCAAGGAGAAGAAAGAAGGACUCGACUAACUGUUUCGCCGCUCCUUCAAAAAAAAAAAUUUUAAAACCGCAACAUAUUCCUCAACUGCUGCGAUGAUGAUCAAGAGCUCAAACUGAAGCCACCAUUUGUAUUGCCAAAAAUCUUGAAAGGAGAUUUUCAAAAUACCACUUAAUUUGGUGCCCAAUUCCAAAAGUAUUACAUUUUUUCCUCUUCAUGCUGUAUCUUCCGGUUCAUUUCAAUUUUGACAUACCUUUAUUAUAAGAUCCCCUAUUAUUUUCCAUACUUGUGUAAUUUUAAUAUUGUAAAUAUAUUUUUUCAUACCACACAA